GGCACAUAUUUAUCUGUGUAGAUAAUAACAUACAAGCAUACACAAAUAACUUCAAAUAGUCAUGAUAAAGCUCGCGCUUGUGAUUUUAACUUUCAGUUCGUUUUCAAGGGCGGGGACGGUUGGAAACGGCCGGGCCUGUGCCAUUGAGUGUCCGCAAGUGUACGACCCCCUGUGUGCCUCGGACGGUCGCACGUACGUGAAUGAGUGUUACCUGUCUCAGGCGCGGUGUAGCGACCAUGAACUUAACAUAAAAUACAAGGGGGAGUGUGCGUCCGUCCGUGCGAGAGGGAUCAUCUGUACCACGCCCUGGUGCUGGCCUACACAUGCGCUUGUCUGCGGGUCGGACGGUGUUACCUAUGAUAACCAGUGUGAGUUAAAUAACGCGAUGUGUGACAAUGAGCACCUUAAGACAGAGCAUUCCGGCCCAUGUGACGGCACAGACACAGUCACCGAUCUUCCCCUGGCCUAGUAACUUACAUGGCGAACGCCUCAUUUGUGCUGAAUUGACCAUUCUCAUUAUGUUUUGCAGUCAUGUGUAUUGUUCGUAAAUUACCGCAAACUGGUA